UGAAAAAUCCGGAAUUGGUUGGUUUCUCUUGUGUUUACUCGUUUUUUGUUUUUUAAUUUUAUUAUUUUUCCAGUUGUGUCGGGAGUCGUUUGCGCAGGCGUUUGAUAUUUCAUACCGGCGGUUGCAUACGACUCGCCCCAACUAUUUUCUUCCGUUUCUUCUUUUUUCCCCCCACUCGGCUCUUGUGUAUUCCCUAUUCAAAAGGUGUGUAACGCCGUUGUCGGGACGGGUUGGCCGUCAGUCGAGUCGUCAACGUUGAUCCUGCAGGACCGAUCCCGCUCCUACCUCAAUCUGUUUUGUUCGGGUACUUGACGGGAGUUUAUUUCGGGUAACAGUUUGAGUUUGAAUUGGGGCGGGAACGACAAUAGAUCCUGUUCGUGAUCCAGAGGCCCAAUAGAUUAUCUAAUCGAAUUUAAGAGUCUCAAUUGAAAAAACGAAAAAUAUGCCGUCGACCAGUUGGCGUUCGCAUUUCCUACCGUCGUGCAGCGUCGGCGAGCUGCAGGAAAUCGCCGACGGCAUGACGGGAUUCGUGCUGCCAGCCGAUCCGGCCAACGAAGUCUAUCCGGGAGUUCUACUCGGUGAUGCUCCGACGGCGUUAUCCACUUACAAAUUGAACCAACUCGGCGUGACUCACGUCGUUAACGUGGCCCAGGCACCCACCAUCUCCAUGUACCCGCCGUCCGACACUUUGAAACAUUCCAAAUGGCAGGACUGGGGAGCCGUCGGCGGAUUCGUCCGCACUUCCGAGGCCUAUUACAGGCACGUCGGGAUGGAAUUCCUGGGUAUUCCGGCCUACGACACCAUCACCUUCAAUUUGUCGCGAUACUUUUACGAGUCGGCCUGUUUCAUUGACGAAGCCCUUCGAUCCGGAGGCAUCGUAUUGGUUCACUGUCACGCGGGAAUCUCUCGCAGCGCUACCAUCGUCGCCGCUUUCCUCAUGAUCAAACGCGGGAUGACGGCCCAGGAAGCCAUCAGAGUCAUCAGGUCGCGACGCUCGAUCCGUCCCAACGCCGGCUUCAUGCAGCAGUUGUGCGACCUCAAUGAGACCCUGCUGGGCGAAAGGAGGCGGGCCAGAGCCGAUCUGGUGGCCGCCGCUAGGAACGGCAACACCUCGGUCGCUGUCCUUUGAAACAACAUUUCUGAUACCAAGAAAACAACCAGAAACAAAUUUUGGGGUUUUUUGGGUGUCGUUCGUGUAUGUCAACGUAAUGUGAAUUUUCGUGAGUUUUUCACUGAAAUCCAUCAUCGUCGUUUUUGAUGUUUGUUCCGGGGUUCUCUCUCUUCGACAUUUCCUUCCUCUUUUUACAACUUUGCUGCUUCCUUACUGUCUUUGUAACUGUAACACACUCACGUUUUUAUGGGCCAAUACAAUCAAGCCGUUGAUGUCGUA